AUGAAGUUCUACGCGACAUUGUUGAUACUAACACUACUACUAGGCUUCUGUGAGGCUCGAAGAGCAACUAAUGGAUAUGCUACAAGCUUCGUGUUUUUGACGGCGAGAAAUACAGAUACGGGUGAUGAGGUCCAAGUAUGUGCGAAUUACCUCCAAUACAAAUUCAGACGAAUAGCUCCUGAUGAGGAGAGUGCGGUGAGUGUUAUUUUGAUCUUUAGCGAAUCCUAUGUUUGGUAUGGAAGCAUAUUAUAA